AUGUUUUCCAUACAAUCUCCUCUGACUCUCAUCAUCUUCCCAUGGCUCGGGUUGAGUUUGGUGAUGACCACAUUAGCUUCGAACCCUAUUGCCAAACCCGGCUGCCCAACCAAAUGCGGAAAUGUAACCAUUCCGUACCCAUUUGGUAUAGGGCGAGACGGGGCAUGUUCCCUUAGUAAAGGUUACAAUGUAAACUGCAACACCUCCUUUACCCCUCCAAAACCCUUUUUAGGUACGCGUAGCAUUGUCGAGAUCAUGGAUAUAUUUGGUAAUGGACAGAUGCGGAUUAAAAACUUUUUGGCAACAAAAUGCUACCAAGGAGGGGAGCUAGUAUCCCAAUCUACUCAAUCAUCCUUGAACAUGUCAUGGAUAAAUCUCAACGGUUUACCACUUGUGUUUUCAGCUACGGCAAACAAGUUCUUCGUCGUAGGUUGUGAUGAUUAUGCUGUCAUCUUAGGUACCAGGGGGCGUGCUUUCACUACUGGCUGUUUUUCCAAUUGUGCUACACCUGAUCAAGUGAUUAACGGCUCGUGUUCAGGAAUCGGUUGCUGCCAAACAUCAAUUCCAACGGGAUUGAAAAUGUUCGUAACAGGAGUAGCAAGCCCAACCAAUCACACCAACGUGUCUGACUUUAACCAAUGUGGUCAUGCUUUCUUAGCCGAGCAAGACAAGUUCACCUUCAAACUUGCAGAUCUUUCGGACCUUAAGUUUGCAAACAGAACCAAGGACCGAGUUCCUGUCAUGCUCGAUUGGUUUGUUGGUGUUAAUCAGACCUGUGUUCAAGCCAAAAGGAAUCUCACUUCUUAUGCUUGCCGGAAGAAUAGCAACUGCACUGACUUUGUUAAUGGAUCAGGAUAUCGUUGUACUUGUCUUUCUGGUUAUCACGGUAACCCUUAUCUUAGCCCUGGUUGUACAGAUAUCGAUGAGUGCAUAAGUCCAAGCAAUGAUUGCUCUCAUAUUUGCACCAACACCAUUGGCAGUUACAAAUGCUCUUGUCCUAAAGGACAUCGCGGCGAUGGUCUGAACAGUGGUUCCAAAUGUACUAGCAAUCGUUCAGAAUUUGUUAUGAGGGUCGGUUUAGGUGUGAGUUUUGGAUUCAUACUCUUGGUAAUCGUGGUGAGUUGGAUAUACUUUAGCUCUAGAAGAAAGAAGCUUAUGAAAAAAAAGGAGAAAUUCUUUGAGAAAAACGGAGGAGUAUUGAUGAAACAACAACUUUCUCAAAAUGGAGGAGCUAUGGAGUUGUCGAAAAUAUUUUCUACAGAAGAAUUGAAAGUGGCAACAAAUAAUUAUAGUGAAGAUCGUAUUUUAGGUAAAGGUGGUUAUGGUACGGUAUACAAAGGGAUUCUAAAAGACGGUCGUGAAGUAGCAAUUAAGAAAUCUAAAAUCGCUGAUGAAUCUCAAGUUGAGCAGUUCAUCAAUGAAGUAAUUAUUCUGACACAAAUCAACCAUCGGAAUGUGGUGAAACUCUUAGGAUGUUGUCUUGAAACUGAGGUUCCUUUGCUCGUUUAUGAAUGCAUCUCGAAUGGUACACUCUCUGAACACUUGCGUAAAAGUAAAGGAAUCACAUCUUUGCUUACUUGGGCAAACUGCAUUAGAAUUGCUGCAGAGGCUGCUGAUGCACUUGCAUAUCUGCAUUCAGCCGCUUCAACACCAAUAAUUCAUAGAGAUAUUAAAUCCGCAAAUAUACUAUUAGACGAAAGUUAUACUGCAAAAAUAGCUGAUUUUGGGGCCUCGAGGUUGAUACCAAUUGAUCAGAGUCAGGUGACAACAUUAGUUCAAGGGACAUUGGGAUACUUGGAUCCAGAAUACUUCCAUACAAGCCAGUUGACAGAGAAAAGCGAUGUUUAUAGCUUUGGUGUUCUUCUUGCUGAGCUCUUAACAAAAGAAGAACCCCUUUCCUUCGAUAGGAAACUAGAAAAUAGAAAUUUGGCGACUUACUUUGUCUCGUCAAUGAAAGAAGAUCGGCUAAUGGAAGUACUUGAUCCUCAGUUGGUGAGGGAAGCUAGUGAGGUGCAACUAGUUACAGUAGCCAAACUAGUAAAGAAGUGUCUUAAUUUACUUGGUGAAGAUAGACCUACCAUGAAAGAAGUGGCUCUUGAACUAGAGGGAUUGAAAAAACAGAAUAGACAUCCUUGGUCUGAGCAAAACUGUCAAGAGGAGACAACAGGUUUAACUGGCCAACAUGAUCUUUACCCAGUGAUUUUAUGUGGUUUAGAAGGCAAUAAUCCAAGUACUGAGGAGUUCUGUGGACUAGAUUCAGCAGAUAUUGAUUUGGUUACUGAAUUGAACCAACCUCGUUAGUGCUUUAACCAUGUUAAAUAUCUCCUCCUCCCCAAAGA